CUUAUAGUUACAAACUUACAUGUAUUAUCUUCCUCUUAUCCUCCCAAACAUUUACAGUUUGAUGCAGAGGAAUACUUGUUUGUUGAGAUGCUUAGCACUAUCCACUUCUAGGGAACAUUCAAUUCAAGCAGUUCCUUAUCUUAUGGCUCAAUCUAGACUGAUGAAGAGAGAGAUAUGGGCAUGGAGCGCUGGCAUUCCAAUCCGAGUUCAUGAGAGAGCUCUCUGUUAUUUGAAGAAGACGGCCGAGCAGCUUCAAAUCACAGGCUUUGUAUGCCUUGCAACACUUGUCUUUGCUUCUAUUUCGGCUUCCAUCACUAUAAUCAAAGUCCCUGCUGUUUGUUGGUUGUGCUCAUGUAUUACAGAAGGGCAGCCAUCAGUUUAAGUCCCGACCUUUUCUUUUCUGCGAUCUUCGCUUUUUCAUUUUCGCAGGAAAGUGGAUAGUGUCGAUAUAAUUAUAGGCUUUCUUUUUUUGGAAUUACAGUUCCAAAUAUGGUACCCAAUAAUUAUGAGUCCCACUUCUUGAGUUACAAAAAACAAUGAUUAAAGCUUCAAAUAUACUUCAUCGAUUUCAAUUAA